AUGGCUGUUGACGCGACAGUGUCCGAGGCCGGGUAUGCCGAGGAAAAAGGCAUUCGCCGGGAGCCGGUAUAUCACACAAGACCGCUCCCAUCCAGUGCGGCCGCCUUUCCCAUCGGUGCGUUUGCCACGACACUCACAACCCUCUCCCUCAGCUUGAUGGAAUGGCGCGGCGUCACCAUCACCAACGUCUACGUCGCCAACUUCUUCUUCGUCGCCGCCUUGGGCCUCCUCAUUUCCGCCCAGUGGGAGCUCUCGGCCGGCAACGGCUUUGCCUACACAGUGUACAGCGCAUUUGGUCUCUUCUACGCAGGGUACGGAGCCGUCUUGACACCGUCGUUUGGUAUUCGCGCUGCAUACGGCGAUGAUGUGGCGCAGUACAACAACGCCCUCGGAUUUUUCGUCCUAUUAUGGACAAUCUUUGUCUUCACCUUUCUCGUCGCCUCCAUCACCACCAAUCUCGUCAGCAUCCUCAUUUACCUCUUUGUCGAUGUUGGCUUUCUCUUCAUCGCCGCGAGCUACUUUGCCAAGGCCGACGGGCACACAAAUGCGGCGCGAGGGCUACAGAUUGCGGGCGGCGCAAGCUGCUUCAUUGCCGGUCUGUUGGGGUGGUACCUGACUUUUCACCUGCUCUUAAAGGACGAACUGCUAGAGCUGCCGCUCGGAAACACAGGCAAAUACUUUGCAAACAAAAAAGCAUUCAUUCAGGGCUGGCAGUUUGCGCAAUCCCUGAGAACACUUGUCCCUACCAUGGCGUCCAUCACCGCAAACCAUCACCGCAAAGCACGCCAUGUCCCCAUUUGA